AAGUGGCCAGCGCUCACACUACAAGCCUGAAUGGUGAGGAGGAGGAGGGAGCAAUUGGUGGGGAGGUGAUUCCCUACAAGAAGCUGGUGCAGAGUCUUGAGAAGGCCGUCAAUAGAUUCCAGGAUGGAUCAUGCAGCAACUGUGCCUCUCUCUCUUGGUGAGUGACCCCAUUGAGCCACCACCCAAGGAAGCCCCUCCAAAGGCCACAGAGGAGGAAGGCAGUGUUGUCAUUCUGGAUGCCAAGCUGUUCUACAAGCAGCAGGAGAAGGAGGUGGCAGAGAAGAUCAAGGAAAGCCUGGCAGUGACUGAGUAUGCCAAGCCAUCCAGUGCAUUGGUGCUGAGUGGUGUGUCCAGCAGUGUGGUGCAGUACACAGUGUUUGAAAUGCAGCUGUCCUUUACUGUGCUGGAUACAGAGGACUGGUGGUGUAUCCCUCACAUCUGGUCAUCAAGGAGUACCCCAUGGUCAAGUCCUUGCACACCGAUCCGUUCUGAUGGAAGCAGUUGGAGGGUGUGGAGGAUGGGGAUCUAUUUACCCAAGAACAACUUGUCAACAAUUCCUGUAGAUGUCGUCAUCAGUGAGGUCAGUGUUAGAUACCAACUUGCUGCUCAGGUGUCUGUUGUACCUGCUGGUUGGCAUCUCCACUUUGUCUCUCCUGGUGCUGACAGAUUAGCAGCAGGAGUGGGAACUGCAGUGGCUGUAACUCACAUGACUUCACUGGUACCAAUCCAGACCACCUGGCUUCCAGAGGGACAGGCUUGUGUCACCCUGACCUUACCUCUACCUAUACAUCUACCACUGCACUACAUUUGGAAUCUGGUUGAGUACAUGUACUCAGACCCAAGCCUGAUGUGCUUGGUGGUGUAUCCUGAAAAUUUGAAGAUCCAGGAGAACUCUGUCACCAAGAACCUGCAAAUGAAUGUCAUUGGGUGGCUGAUGGCAGCUCCUCAAGUGAACCCAGAGAUCACUGGGCUAAUAAAGUACAGUAUGAUGGGUGCCUUGGAGAAGCUGUGCCUUGAGUUGAAGGCUGCAGUUACCUUCAGAAAAGAGCAAAGCUGCAACAAGUCAUCCAAGUACUUUGUCAAGAAGGUUUAUGUUGAAGGCAACCUCCUGCACUGCUCUCAGGAGAACAGUGGGACUCAUGGAUGCCUCCAAGACCCACAGAGGAUUGGAAGGCAUAAAUUCAAUCUUGGAUAACUAUUGACAUUUAAAACUGAGGAAUGACUGACAGAAGAGACAAAGAAAAGAGGAGGAAGAAUAUAAGAAAGGAAGGAAGGAAGAGAAGAGGGGGACAUGAGAAGGAUGAAAUAAAGGAGAGAGAGAGAGAGAAUGUUACUGAUUGUGAGAAUUAAUUAUCAUUAUUAUUAUUAUGUUCAAAAUGUAUUACUUAUAUUUGCAUUGUUUUUUUCCAGAAGUGAUAGAAAGAAGGAAGAGGAGAAGAUAGAUGAUAAUAAGGAGGGAAGAAAGAGAAAGAGAGAGAGAGAGAAGACAACAAAGAAGGAAGAGGACAUGAGAGAAGAAUGAGGUUAAUAGAAGAGGAAGAAAAAAAGAAGAAAUGAGAGAAAGAUAGAAAAGAUAAAAGAAAAAUAAAUCCUCCCCCAGCCCCCUUUCUCUCUCUCUCUCUCUCUCUCUCUCUCUCUCUCUCUCUCUCUCUCUCUCUCUCUCUCUCUCUCUCUCUCUCUCUCUCUCCCACAAUCCACAGACCCACAGUAUGUCUCCCACAGUAUGUUGACAAACCCAGUCACUCCCCACAGCCUCUCACAAAUAUACCUCUCUCUCUCUCUCUCUCUCUCUCUCUCUCUCUCUCUCUCUCUCUCUCUCUCUCUCUCUCUCUCUCUCUCUCUCUCCAUGCCUAAGAGAGGAACCUGGUCAGUCCCUGUGAGAAAUUUUGCAACAUUUUCUGUUCAAGCAAGAGUUCAUGAAAGACUUCCCAUUCCCAAACAGUACAAAUGACUGGAUGGUCUGGGAAGUAUUCACUCUGGAAAUACAGUGAGGGGUUAAUGAAAGGAAGAAUAUUGGAAAA